AUGAAGCCGUUUGCACUGUUACUGCUGGUGGCGCUGGCGAUUGCCGCUGCUGUUGCCCCAGAAGCCCAUGGGCUGGAGGUUGCUACGCAAGGUGUUCGCCUCCGCCACCUGCAAGGGGAUGACCAACAACCUGAUCAGCCGCAGCAACCCGAGCAACCGGAGCAGCCAGAUCAACCGCAGCCACCGGAACAACCCGAGCAACCGGAACAACCGGAGCAACCUGACCAGCCUGUUGUGCAGCCUGUGGUGCAACCAGUCAUACAGCCUGGAAUGCCAACUUACACGACCAGCUACAAUACUAACCCCACUGGGGCCGAAAACAGUGAGAUCGUGGGUGGUCGCUGCUUCCCCGGCUCGUGGAAUUGGCCUCGCUGUCGUUUCUGGUGCAUGCCUGGAUCCUGGAUCUGGCCACGUUGCCGCUGGGGCGGUCGUCGCUGUUACCCCGGCUCGUGGAACUGGCCGCGCUGCCGCUAUGGAUACUAAGUCGGAAAUCGCUUCAAGUCGCUGACGAGAAGAUAGUUAUGUUGUCCCGUCCCCGAGGACGGUGAAGCGGCUUGAAAGUGCCAACCACUUUGAAGUGAAGCAAUGUUGUGUCGUAUGGAAGGGAAAUCCUACUAGUAGUAAGAAGGCGAGCUGUAGUGAAGAAAUAGCAUGGAUCCCGAAAAUGAAAGCUUGAUGUUCCCC